AUGGGCCAGUCUGCCUCUACUCCUUUGUCUCUGACUCUGGACCGCUGGUCAGAAGUCAAGGGACGAGCUCAAAACCUUUCUCUUAUCAUCAAAAAGGGUAAAUGGCAGACUUUUUGUUCAUCUGAGUGGCCCGCCUUUAAUGUCGGAUGGCCCCCGGAGGGGUCCUUCCAUCUGCCUCUCAUCAGGGAAGUAAGGAAACUGGUUUUUCAGCCUGGCCGACACGGACAUCCAGGCCAGGAGCCUUAUAUCCUGGUCUGGCAGGACUUAUGUGAGAACCCCCCGGCGUGGGUCAAGCCCUUCUUACCCCCUGGUUCUCUCCCUAGGUCCUCGGUCUCUGCUUCUGAGCCAGCAAUUCUCCCUGUGAAGCCGGCUCUCCCCUCUCCUCCACCCUCUGCUUCUCCGGUCCUCCCGGACUCACAACCUGAUCUUAUUCUCCUAGAUUUCCCGCCACCUUAUGCUUCGCCUUUGCAGCUUCCGGCGGCCGGGGCACCGCAGCGGCACGACCAAGUGCUGGCACCCGGUCCAGCCCUCCGGCCAGCAUCCCCAACGGUGGCCUCCCCAGAUUCCACCCUCGAGGGUUCCCUGCUGCCACCGGGCGACGGGCCAGCACAGCGGACUAGGAGCCGGUGCCAACCGGAUGAAGGACCUGUGGCCACUACUCUGCCGGUACGCCCUUACGGGCCUAUGGUGGAAAAUGGGAACGGGGGGGAGAUGCCGGCCCUCCAGUAUUGGCCAUUUUCCUCCUCUGAUUUAUAUAAUUGGAAAAAUAAUAACCCUCCUUUCUCUGAAGACCCCACUCGACUAACAGGUCUCGUGGAGUCCCUCAUGUUUUCCCAUCAGCCCACCUGGGAUGAUUGCCAGCAGCUACUAGGGACCCUCUUCACCACAGAGGAAAGAGACCGGAUUCUGCUAGAAGCACGGAAGAACGUCCCGGGACGGGACGGGCGCCCGACACAGCUGCCGAACAUCAUUGACGACAUUUUCCCACUAGCGCGCCCCAACUGGGACCCUAAUACUCCGGAAGGUAGGGAGCAUCUGUCCUCCUAUCGCCAGGCUCUCGUGGCGGGUCUCCGGGCAGCUUCCAGGCGGCCCACCAAUUUGGCUAAGGUAAGGGAGGUCGUCCAGGGCCCUGUUGAAUCUCCUGCAGUCUUCCUAGAAAGGCUCAUGGAAGCUUAUCGGAGGUUCACCCCCUUCGAUCCGCAGUCGGAGGACCAGAGGGCUUCAGUAGCCAUGGCUUUCAUUGGCCAAUCCGCUGCAGAUAUAAGGCGGAAGCUGCAAUGCCUUGAUGGGCUGCAGGACCUCACUCUUAGGGACUUAGUUAAAGAAGCGGAUAAAGUUUUUCAUAAAAGGGAGACGGAGGAGGAGAAAGAGGAACGUAAGGAAAAGGAGAGAGAAGAAAGAGAGGAUGCGAGGGAUAGAAAGAGAGAUAAAGCAUUAACUAAAAUCCUGGCCACGGCAGUCGGUAGCAGUAAAGAGAGAGACAGGAAGGGAGGCAGGGCUGGGCCACGGCCGCGACCAAACUUGGACCCGGACCAAUGUGCAUACUGCAAGGAGUACGGGCACUGGAAGAAAGAUUGUCCUAAGCUCAAACAGGGCUUGCAGGCCAAGCAGUCUACCUUGUUGGCCCUGGAUGAGGACUAGGGGCGACGGGGCUCGGACCCCCUCCCCGAGCUCAGGGUAAAGUUUGAUGUGGAGGGGACCCCUGUUGACUUUGAGGUGGACACCGGAGCUGUUUACUCGGCAUUACAAGCACCACUGGGGCCGCUGUCAACUAAGCGGUCCCUGGUGAGGGGUGCCAACGGCAGCCGAUACCGAGCCUGGACCACCAAAAGAACUUUAGACUUGGGAAGGGGAAAGGUCCAUCAUUCCUUCCUGGUGAUACCUGACUGCCCAGCUCCCCUUAUGGGGAGAGAUCUGCUUACCAAACUAAAAGCCCGCAUCACCUUCAACCCCGAAGGGCCCAGAGUAGAGUUCUUGAGCCCCCUAGUCCAGCAACCAGUAGUAACAGCUCUGACAAUGUCUAUGGAGGACGAAUACCGCCUGUAUGACUCCCCGGUAAAGGAACAGGAUGUAACAAGGUGGCUUAGUGAGUAUCCGGAUGCCUGGGCGGAGAAGGCCGGGUUAGGGCUGGCGAGAAAUCAACCUCCGGUAGUGUUGCCUUAAAAACCUCUGCAGUUCCAAUUCGGUGAGCAGUAUCCCAUGAGUAAGGAAGCUCGGGAAGGAAUCACACAUAUUCUAAAGCUACUGCAGGGAGGCGUCCUGAAGCCUUCCAGUCAGCUUGGAACCCACCCCCUCCUUCCCGUCAAGGAACCGGGGACCGGGGAUUAUCGACCAGUGCAAGAUCUACGAGAGGUUAACAGCAGGGGUCCAGGGACAUUCCCCCCCACUGUCCCUAACCCUUACAAUCUUCUGAGUUCCCUUCCACCUGACAGGAGCUGGUACACUGUAUUGGAUUUAAAGGGAUGCCUUUUUUUCUGCCUGCGGCUCUGCGAAAGCAGUCAACCACUAUUCGCCUUUGAAUGGGCCGACCCGGAGGCUGGUCUUGCAGGGCAACUGACUUGGACCAGGCUGCCCCAAGGAUUUAAAAACUCCCCCACGAUCUUCGAUGAGGCCCUCCAUCAGGACCUGGGCGCCUUCAGAACCCAGCACCCGGAGGUAACCCUGCUCCAGUAUGUGGAUGACCUGCUGCUGGCCGCGUCGUCUCGGGAAGAAUGUGAGUACGGGACUCGCUCCUUACUGCAGGAGCUCGCUCGGCUUGGGUAUAGGGCAUCAGCUAAGAAGGCCCAACUAUGCAGACAGGAAGUUACUUUCCUGGGGUAUACUCUCCGGGGAGGAAAACGCUGGUUAACUGAGGCGCGGAAAAAGACUGUUGUGCAGAUCCCCACACCAACUUCCAGGAAACAACUCCGAGAGUUCUUGGGGACAGCUGGGUUCUGUAGACUGUGGAUUCCGGGAUUUGCCUCGCUAGCCGCCCCGCUGUACCCGCUCCUGAAGGGGGACACAGAAUUCUCUUGGGGGUCAGAACAACAGCGAGCCUUUGAUGAUAUAAAAAGAGCCCUGCUUUCAGCCCCAGCAUUGGCGCUUCCUGAUGUCGAAAAGCCCUUCACCCUUUACAUAGAGGAGCGAGGGGGAGUGGCGCGAGGGGUCUUGACCCAGACUUUGGGACCCUGGAAAAGACCUGUAGCCUACCUGUCCAAACGCUUGGAUUCAGUAGCUGGGGGCUGGCCCCGCUGUCUAAAAGCUAUAGCUGCCGCUGCCUUACUAGCCAAAGAUGCGGACAAACUGACUCUGGGACAAAAACUAACUAUUGUGGCCCCUCAUAUGCUGGAAAGUAUCAUCAGGCAGCCCCCAGACCGGUGGCUCUCGAAUGCUCGCAUCACGCACUAUCAGAGCAUUCUGUUAGACAAGGACCGAGUGACCUUCGGACCUCCAGUUGCUUUAAACCCUGCCACUCUACUUCCGGAUGAGGCUGCAGACCCGGUCCUACACUCCUGCCAGGAUAUCCUGGCAGAAGAAGCAGGAAUCCGUCGUGACCUAAAGGACUUUCCACUGCCAGACUCAGAGGUGACCUGGUUCACGGACGGCAGCAGCUUCCUGCAGGAUGGUAAGAGAUGCGCAGGGGCGGCGGUAGUUAGCAAGGACAAGGUUGUAUGGUCUGCAGGGCUACCAGAAGGGACCUCCGCCCAGAAAGCGGAACUAAUUGCUCUCACAAAAGCCUUAGAACUGGCUAAGGGGAAGAAGGCUACCAUUUAUACGGACAGCCGUUAUGCCUUCGCCACGGCUCAUGUACAUGGGGCCAUAUACCAGCAAAGGGGGCUGUUAACCUCAGCUGGAAAGGACAUCAAACACAAGGCUGAAAUCCUUAGACUACUAGCAGCUGUCCUACUGCCUACCAAAUUAGCUAUUGUUCAUUGCCCCGGCCAUCAAAAGGGAUCGGACCCUGUAGCCACAGGAAAUCGGCGGGCAGACAAAGAAGCAAAGGCAGCAGCUCUUAAAGGGGCAGAGGUUCUAGCACUAGUGAACAAGGCUCCUGAGGAGGACACGACGCCCGAAACUACAGGGAGUAAGGAACAACAGGCGGCCUCCUACUUACAGCAUGUACAUCAGCUCACUCAUUUGGGGGCCAGGAAGAUGCAAGAGCUAUUAAAAGAGCAGCCCUUCACUCUAGCAGCCAAGGAAAACAGAAAACUAGCUGAACAGGUGGCAAGAAACUGCCGAGCCUGUCAGGCUGUAAAUGCACACCCGUCGCAAAUACCAGAAGGGAAAAGGCUCAGGGGAAGCCGGCCCGGCCAAUUCUGGGAGGUGGACUUUACUGAAAUCAAACCAGCUAAAUAUGGGUUAAGAUUUCUCUUAGUUUUUGUAGAUACUUUCUCAGGAUGGGUAGAGGCCUACCCCACCCGAAGGGAAACAGCGCAAGUGGUGGUUAAGAAUUAUGGAAGAACUUUUUCCUCGAUUUGGACUGCCCCAGGUAAUUGGGUCAGAUAA